CGUUCUUUUUUUUGCUAUUUAUCAUAAAUCUCUCUCUACAACAACAAACCAAAGCACAACAACAAACAUGGGGAAGAAAAUCAAGUUCCCUUUUCUCUCCAAUGCCAAGAACAACAUCGUACGACAACCUAAAUCCUCUUGGCAAUGGCCAUCUUGUCACCAACCACGAACCCUCUCUUUUAGAACUGAUAACAACACCACCCUUUUCAAGACCAUCAACUCAGCUUACUUAGAUGCCAUUAUCAUAGCCGAUGAAAAUGAAACACCCCCAUCCGACGACUGUUUAGAGACUGUCAUCCGUGGUUUAAGGUCUGAUAGGCUGUUCUUCAAGCCUGGUGAAACCAGUUCAAUCAUGGAAGAAGCAACAAAACCAAGUGAAGAAGAUGACGAAGAAGAAGAAGAAGAAGAAGAUGGGUUGCCUUUUAAAGAAAGUGUGGUCUUAUCAAUGGAGUCACGAGAUCCAUACGUUGAUUUCAGGGAAUCCAUGGAAGAAAUGGUUGAAGCUCAAGGGUUAAAUGAUUGGGAAGAGCUUGAACAACUCUUGUGUUGGUAUUUAAAAGCUAAUGGGAAAUGUAACCAUGGGUUCAUCAUUGGUGCUUUCAUUGAUUUACUUGUGGGAAAACUCACCAUUGUUUCUUCUAACCCAAAAUCUGAUAAUUGUUCUCCUUCUUCUCCAUUAUCUUUUUACACUUCUUCUUCAUCUUCUUCAUCUUCGUCUUCCUCUGAAGAUUGUUCUUCGGCAACGAUUAAUGAAGCUGUGAAAGAGAUUGAUGAUAAUAGCUGUCAUUGUUUAUUCGAAGCUGACAACAAAAAAGAGAUGAUUAUUAUUGAAGGUAAUGAAGAGGAUGAUGCUUCUUCUUUAUUUGAUGUUUGUGAUUCUUCCUAUUGAAACAUUGUGUAUAUGACCAAUUUUUCAGAAUAUGCAUGAUAGUUUGAUGA